AUGGGAGAUCCCCUCACUCAAGCACUAUUUUGUCAAUCAGAAGUUGGGGUGGAAAGGGGCAUUCGAUGCCUAUCUAAGGUCUUCCAAAAGCAACAAGUGAAGAUGUUACAUGCUUUGAAGGCACUGCCGUCAAAAGCAAAUUUUUUUGAACUGAGCCGAUUUGAUUUCGUAGUCGAUGAGGAUCUCAACGUUUUUCUCAUGGAGGCCAACAUGUCUCCAAAUCUCUCAUCAGGACAUUUCGCUCAGAAUCAGAUUCUCUACGAGCAAGUGCUCUUCAACAUUUUUUCACUCGUUGGCAUAGCAUCUGCGUUCACCAAGGAUAUUCGCGAACAAUCACAAGAAUAUAACAAUGCUCGCAAAUUCCUUGCUCCUGACCAAAGCAUUUAUUCAUUUGCACACGAAUGCUCAAGGUGCUCACCAUGUGAUGCGAUGAUGGAGUGCCAGCUUUGUGCUUCUUGUAUGGCGCCAGCUACACUCUCUUUUUUGAGAGCAACUUCCAUAGAGCAUUCAAGUAAACAGGAUAUGAAGAUGCUCAAUUUCGACGAAAAACAAAAACCACUCACCAAGGAGGACCAUCUGCUAAGGUUGUGGAGGAGAGUAAAAUGUAAGCAUGAACAAUCAUGGUGUUGA